AGCGUUCCACCAACUUUUUCGAAUAAAAAAAAAAAACAAAAAAAAUUGGCUUGAAAGCUAACGGAGUUUGUAAGAUAAUUGGCAACAAUUAAUCAAUUAUUUAUACGGUAAUCGCCGCCGCGACAUCAUUUGGUUUUGGGGGACAGCGGACAGCGCGCACCCCCAACAGUCGCUAAGGAUACACACCACACCACACAUCACAUCCCACGUCGGCCCACGCGUCGCCCACGAUCUGAGUCACAGGCAGCACAAAGGAGCAUUCAGCAGGCACAUUGCAGCACAGUGCAGCAGCAACAGAAGUCAAGUGGAGACAAUGACUUCCAAGACAAAGACAAAGCCAGCGCCCAAGUAUAGGAAGCCGGGCAAUUUGGAAUUUGUGCGCGAGGAUGACUACGUGGAGUACUAUAUAUUCCCGAAGAUGCCCGAGAAUCUCAAGGAUGAGUUUCAGGUGAAGGAGAAACUGUUGCGCAUCAAAACGGAGAUCAUGGAGAUUGUCAGGGAGCUGGUCAUCCAGCGGAGCUACAUUUGGCACAAGGAUGAGUUUCAGCUGCAAGUGCGAACCGGCACACCCAUGGAGCGUAUGCUGAACGAUGAGACCAAUGUGGCCGAAGACGACGAAGAUGGGGAUCUGCCGCCACACUUGCACGGGGUGACCCACUACGGCGACAACAUUGGCGACGAAUGGUUCAUUGUGUACCUUCUGUUGGAAAUAUCGCAGGCACGCGGUGAAUACAUUGCCCGGGUCUCCGACUCCGACGGUGAGUUCGUGCUCAUCGAGGCGGCCGAUGUGCUGCCCGACUGGGCCUCACCAGACACCUGCGAGCAGCGUGCCUACAUAGUCAACGGUGCCCUCCAGCUGCUGCAGAACUCGGCCUCCACCAAUCCGGACAAACCGAUGCCCGUGCCCAUCGCCCUGCAGCGCAUUCGUCUCAAUCCCACCCUCUAUCGCUGCUCCACGGAAGUGCAGAACGUACUUAAGACACGGCUCAAGGAGUUCCUGAUUGCCAUGCCCCACUACUCGAUUCAUCGGCAGAUCGUGGAGGUGUCGCACAGUGCGGCGCAGCUGCUGAAGACACGCCCCCAGCUGGUGGCAUCGGCGGUGCGGGCGUUCUGCGAUCGCGACAACGAGGACAUCAAGGCAUUGAGAACCAUGAAGUUUUUCCCCCCGGAGGCAGCGCGUGUCCGCACAAAUGUCCGAUUCACCCGCUGUCUGUACGCGAUGGUGAUGCACAACCAGUACACGCCGGAGAGGCGCCUCGGCUGGAAGAUCACCGACGAAGUCAGCCAGCCAGAGCUCUACAAGGAACAGAUUCUGGGCGUCAAGUUGUCGUGUGGCCUGGAAAUUCUCGCCACCCAAGCGCAGCGCGCAGCGGAACAAAAAGUUGAGGAUCUGCCAGCGUGGCGAGCGUAUCUGAGGAGUCUCGAGGGCAAGGGCUACUUUCGGGACCACAUCGAGGGCAGUGCCGAGUACAUUCGGCUGCUCUGCAAGGCCAAGGAGUUCUUCAAGGGGAAUCAGGAUCGUUUCCGCACCGCGAAGCGCGUGGGUGCCGAGGUUCUGGCGCUGAUGCUGCACCCGUCCGAUACGGCAUCGGUGGCCCUGCGCGACGAGCAGAACAAUCUGCUGCCCAGCGAUAAGGAUGAUUGGCUCAGUAUUACCGCCGACGAUCUGGAUGCCCUGCUCCAGGAUCGCUACGGACCGAACAAACUCUACAAGCCAAAUGGCGACAUGGACGCCGAGGAAUUCACCAAGCAGCUAAGCGAUUUCCUCGAUCAGCAGUCGAACUUUGAGGGCAUCGAACACGGCGGCUACGGCGGCCUCGACCUGGACUCGGAUGAUGACGAACCGGCGCUGCGGCACCCAAGGGCAUCCACGUCUCAUGGAUCGCAGCUCAGAAAGAAUCAGUCGAUGCGCAAGGCCUGCAACCGCAACUCUCUGAUUCAAUCGGAGGAGGCGGAUAGCACACACGUGCGCAACUUCCUGGACUUUGUUAUACCGGAGGACAACUGGGACUCCAACUCCGAGAUGAGCGAUUAUGCGGAUGACGACGAUAUCGAGCGCAAUUUCGAUGCACUGGCCAGCUCCAGCACCGGCUUCCCGCUGGAUCGCAGCAUCCAGGCGUACAUGAAGAAAAUGGACCGGGAAUUGUCGCAGACCACCAUUGGCAAGUCGUUCCAGGGCAAGAAAACAGCAGCCACCAAGGCAGACGAGGAUGACUUCGAUGACAUUGAGGACUUUGAGCCCAUCAAUAUAAACGUAAAUACGCUGAAGAACAUGAUGGACAGCUACAAGUCGCAGGCGGGUGGCGCAGGACCGGUCUCCAAUCUGCUCACUGCGAUGGGUGUGGGCAUGUCGGCGUCGGCAGCAUCCCCACCACCAGCAGCAGCAGCAGCACCCGAAGACGAGGCCAAUGAUCUAUCAGAGUCGGCCGUGUAAGCAAGGCCGGGAAGCAUAUAAAAUGGAGAGCAUACAGGAUACAGGUAUCUUUUAUCAUAAUGUCGUUAAGCAAAAUGAAUUAAAUAUAUGUAUAUUUUAUGUGUGUGUAUAAUUGAUCAAACAUCAAACAUUGAGGAGAACA